UGCAGCCAUCCCAGGAAUUAUCAGCACAAUGUCUGCAAUGGAACAACCCCAGAAUCUGCGAUCUCUUUUCAAUGAGGCCAAGGCGGAGAAGACCGCCUUGGAGGUCCGUCCUGACACCAAUACAGACCAGUAUCGCAAUGAUGUCAGCGCGACAAUAGCCAAAUUCGAGGAAUGCCACCGACUCGUUAGCUUGCUAUCUCUGUUCAGCUCAAACGAACCCCUGGAAGACAUUACGACCGGAGAUCUACAGUAUCUGACGGUUGAUUAUCAUCUGGCCGACCUUGUGCAAAGAUCCUACAGCUCCGACCGCGAAGCAAGUCUCCGACGUGCCCUGCAGCAAUAUGAGCGAUACCUUACCCGCCUGGAUGAUUACGAACUGCUCAACGACAGCAACAAAAAGCUUUACGAACGAUACACCGAGAACCCGUCCACGUUCUCCUUGACCCCCGUCAAUGACGCUGCCACCCGAAGAGAAGUCAAGAUCACACGGUUCAAGGAGGAGAAAGAGCUGAAACAAAGACUCGAGUACAUAUCGAAUAACCAAGGUCAACUUCAGAGUGACGAGGAUGACGUUAGGCAGCUUUACCUCGCGGAGAUUCACCUAUAUAUCCAUCAGACCUUCCAAUCACUAGAUCUUAUCUCGCAGGAGCUUACCAUGCUAUCGAGUGUGCGCAAUAUGGCACCCAAUCCCGACCAAACCCAGCGAGAUGACCCGAGAAGCCGGAAUACCGCAGGCCGUUCGACGUACUCGGACAGACUGGACCCUCCGAUAUCUCAACUUCUACAAGGCGGCAGGUUCGGACCAAUCUUGAGCAAGGAAGGAAAGCCAAUGCAACCAUUCACGUUACUCGAUCGCCGGACCCAGCUUCAGCAGGGGGUUUUCCGUCCGAGCCAUAACUUGCCCACCAUGACGAUUGAUGAAUAUCUCGACGAAGAGAAGAGGCGAGGCAACUUUGUUCAAGGUGGAGAAAGCUCGGGUAUUCAGCCAGAAGUUGACGAGGAUGAUUUUGAUAGGGCUGAUGAAGAAACGAUGAAGGCAAGAGCCUGGGACGAAUACAAGGAAGCGAAUCCUAGAGGGUCUGGAAAUACCUUGAACAGAGGCUAAUGAUACAUAACGAGAGUCACGGUGCUGUUUCAUGUCUGAUUAUGAUGGAAGAGAUGAUUUUCUUACGAUUAUUGUGGACUUGAAGACAUAUUUACCGCAUGCAUUUUUUUUUCAAUACUAAAG